AUGGCUGAUUCAAAACCAAUGUCCAUGCCUCUUACAAACCAUGUUGUGUUAAACAAGAGUCAAUGCCCUACAACUGAAUCUGGGAUAAUCAAAAUGGAAUUUGUCCCCUAUGCAAAUGUUGUUGGAUCUAUGAUGUAUGGAAUAAUCAGUACCAGACCAGACCUGUCCUAUUCCAUUUCCUUACUGAGCAGAUUUAUGGCAAAUCCAAGCAGUGAGCAUUGGACUGCCUUAAAAGGAGUGUUAAGGUACAUUAAUGGUACCUUGAAUGUUGGUUUAAAUUUCUAUAAAAGGCAUAAUACACUUGACUUGGUGGGUUUUGUAGACUCUGAUUUUGUAGGUGACAAAGACACAAGGAAAUCCACCACCUCAUAUUACUUUACCCUUGGAGGAAAUUGCAUUAGCUGGAAGUCACAGCUUCAGCCCAUUGUUGCUCUCUCAACAACUGAAGCAGAGUAUAUUGCUAUUGCUUAUGUGUUUAAGGAAUUUGUGUGGCUGUAA